UGCGCAGUAGCCGAGCCAGCUCAGGUGGUUGGACGACGCUGGCCGACCAAUAGCGGGACGGCUUACAACCGCUAUCUCGCGGCUGCCGUUCCGAGGGGUCGCGCCGUCGACCAAUCGCAGCGGCCGUUACAUCGUAGCUAGCCGUGCCAGGCCCCUCUAGCACCGUUCCCCACUAAAGAUUUCGACCGUGGACGUUCGCCACUGUGGAAGAUGUGUUUCUCGUUAGGGAUACAUUCUCUCAGUCCAGCCGUAGGCGCUACCGUUUAAAAAAAAAAAAAUUGCUUUAUAUCGGUGCUGCACUCGGUGUAAAUACAUAACAACGGAUAGUGUAUGUAAACAUGUGACAUUUGCUCUCUCGGACUUGGUACGUGACUGCUACCAUGAAACAGUUUCGACGUACUUGCUGAAUAAUCAACGUGGUUCGCGCUAGAGUCGCGGUGCGCCUGUUUCCUGACGCGAGUGCAACGAAAAACCAUACAACUGGGAUAUAUUACCUCAUUCUCCAAGUUCGGAUUAUGCAGCUGAACUAGGUGGGGACAGCGGCGCGGCUGCAGACGUCCCACGGUAACCCUGACGCAGUGGCCGUCCUAUGAGCGCAGCCGCCGGGUGACGCCGCCGGGGCCAUGGAGCAGCAGCCUCAGCACCAGGUGCAGCUGUCUCACGACGCCAGCGCCGGGCAGGCGGCACAGCAGCAGCAGCAGCAGCAGCAGCAGGCGGCGCAGCAGCAGGCGGCGCAGCAGCAGGCGGUGGUGGCCGUGCAGCAGCACCACCAGCAGCAGGCGGUCAUGGUGCCCACGAGCGGCAUGCAGCAGAUAGCGCAGCAGGUGGCGGUGUCGAUGCAGCAGACGCCGACGGCCAUCGCGCCGGCGCCGACCCCGCAGCAGCAGCAGCUGCAGCAGGCGCAGCAGACGCAGCAGCAACAGCAGGCGCAGCAACAGGCUCAGCAGCAGGCGCAGCAGCAGGCGUCGCAGCAGCAGGCGCAGGUGGUGGCCGGAGCGCCCGCCAUCACCACCAUGUCGACGCUGCACCAGCCGCUGGCACCCGCGACGCCCCAGCCCCAGGCCGCGGCCCCGCAGCAGGUCCACGAGUGGGGGCACGGCAGGGUGCAGGUGAUCCAGCAGCCGCUGCAGAACCCGACGUACCUGCAGCAGCUGUACAACACGCAGGGCCAGCUGCUGGUGCCGGGCAACCUGCAGCUCCACCCCGCGCCGCCCGGCAUGAACCCCUCCUCCAUACACGUGAUCGCCGCCGGCAAACCAUUCCCGGCCAACCAGCUGCCGCCGCAGAUGAUCACCGCCCAGAAGUCGGUGCUGCAGGGGCAGGCAGCAUCUUUCCCCGGCUACGCGACGAUACCGACGACGACGAAUCAGACGCUGGUAAUCAGCCAGCUGGGUGUGAUUAGCAACCAGCCCAACAUCCUGCCAGCACACUCCGCAGCAGGGGGGAAGCCCGCUGACGUGCAGAAGACGGCGUACGGGAGUAACGCGGCUGCCAGUCGGCGCUCUCCGCACGCCGGCAAGUACCAGCAGGCGCCCGGGCGGCAGGCGCUGCAGGCAUCGCGGCCCGGCAGUUCGCAGCACCAGCAGGCGGUGCGGCAGGUGGCGGCGAGCCAGGCGCACCACGGCCACGCGCAGCAGCCGCCGCACUCGCAGCACGCCGUCGCGUCUUCGGGCUUCGUGGUGUCGCAGCCGCAGGCGCAGCAGCUGGUGACGACGCAGGCCCCCUCGGUGCUCGGCGCGGGACAGGCCCAGUUUCUGUCGCCCAUCCAGGUGCUCGGGACGCCCCCGCCCUCCCUGCCGCCGCUCCCCCUCUCCUCGGGACCUCGCCUCUGUCGCGCCUUCCCUCUCUCGUCCCCCGUGGGCUCGUCAUCCUGGAACUUCUCUCUCUUCCUCUGUCUGUCUGCGGUGCUCGUCACUCCUGUCGGCGCCGCGCAGCCGAUGCAGUUCUCGCCGUGGCAGUUCGCGGGCACGACGGGGCUGCCGCAGGGCAUCGCCUGGGCGGCCACGACACCCGGCGCGCUGCAGUCCAGCACGGCGCUCUUCUCCGCGCAGAACCCCAUCUUCAUCAGCCGCAGCGGACCGGGCGCCCCGGGCGGGGACCCGAACGCGACUGCGGCGAGCGUCUUCCUGCAGAGCCCGCCCCCGCAGCUGCAGCAGCACUCCCAGCUGGCGCAGGCGAGUGUGCAGAGCGUGACGCAGGUGGCAGCCGCCCCCGUCCAGGGGAAGCCGGGGGGCGGCGGCGCUGCCGGCGGUGCGGUGGUGGGCGGCGGGCGGCAGGUGGCGGCCGGCGUGGGGCCCACCGCGGGCGGCGCCCAGGUGGUCGAGGUGGCCGGCAUCCAGCCGAAGACAGUGAGUACCGCGAGGCCCCUCUCUUUGGACGUAGCGAGGCGGGUGCGGCCGCUGUCCAACAUCCUGCCCUCGACCGCAACGACGACGACAAACCGGCCGGCGUCGUCCGUGUCGACGCAGACGGGUGGCAGUGUGACGGCGUCCCAGAUGAGCCAGGCGCAGGUGCAGACGCAGAAGGUGCAGAUGAAGGGGCGCGCCAAGCCGGGCCUGAGCCGAGUCUCGCCCGCACCUGCAGUCACCCAGAAGGCCGACGCCGCCAACCAGACGAAGCCGCAGGGUGUCGUCCAGUCGGGCAUGACGCCGCCGAAGAUUCUGCCGAAUACUGCAAUGCCCAUGACACCGGAGAAACAACAACAACAGCAGCAACAGCAGAUGAUCAACAAAACACUACAGCAGCAGCAACAACAACAACAGCAGCAGCAACAGCAGCAACAACAGCAGCAGCAGCAACAGCAACAGCAACACCAACAGCAGCAGCAGAUGCUAGCCCUCCAACACCAGCAGCAACAGCAGCAGCUGCAGCAGCAGAUGCUGCAGCUGCAACAGCAGCAGCAACAACAGCUCCAAGCGCAGGCGCAAGCGCAGGCACAGGCUCAAGCGCAGGCCCAGGCGCAGGCCCAAGUGCAAGCGCAAGUACAGGCCCAGGCUCAGGCGCAGGCGCAAGCGCAAGCUCAAGCGCAAGCCCAGGCCCAGGCCCAGGCCCAGGCCCAAGCUCAAGCGCAGGCACAAGUGCAGGCUCAACAGGUGCAGGCUCAGCAGCAGAUGAUGCAGCAACAACAGGCUCAUCAGCAGCAACAACAGCAGCAGCAGCAACCACAGCAACAGCCUCAGUUGCAACCCCAGCAGCAGCAGCAACCACAAAGCCUGACAAACCUCGCUCUGCCCACAGUGAUGCCGACCGUGCAGACGCAGACGCCAGCUCCCGCCGUGCUGCCGGCGGACACCCGCGGCCCGGCCACGCUGCCCGCUGCCGCGCCGGUCGUCACUGCCACCGCGGCCGCCCCCGCCGCCACGCCUCCGCUGUCUGCUGCCGGCCUGCAGCAGCCUGUCGCACACUCACCACUGCCGCAGAUACUCGAGCUGUUGCCGUUUGGAAUUGGAGCGGCAGACAUUCGGCACGUGUGGUACGUGCGCACCUCUCUCCUUGUCUUGUCCGUACCUACCUGUGCAGCCCCUUCCUCUGUCACUGUCCCACCACCAACUAUAUUUGCUUGUUUACUGGAGAACUACAUUCCACACAUUCACCUGAAGCAAGGUGUAGAAACUGCAAUGGCACGGGACAGCUACACUGUCCCUGCUGCCUACGAGGUCAGUUUUGUAAGAUCCCGAGUUAUGAAUGAAGUCGCGGCCGAGGACGACCGACAGCAGGUUCCCGUGGGGCCGCCCACGGCGGAGGUGCCGGUCCAGGCGGCAGUGCAGCCGGACGUGGCCGUGGGCCAGCAGCCCAUGGACGUCGACGACCCGGUCGCCAUUUCUGGUUUAGCAGCCACUGGAGUCACUUCCACCAAGGAGGACGCGAGGCCAAAGACUCCCGGAAUACCGCCGGCACAGGAGCGCGACAUCCAGCCGGUGACGGCGAUGGAGUGCGACGACGCGCAGGCUGCGGGCGUGCAGGCUACGCCCCCUCGCCCCGCGGCGGCGGCGACGCCCGCUCCGCCCGUCGCCGUAGCCCCCGACUGCCCGCCACAGCAGACGGACGGCGCGAACGCCAACAUCGCCCCGCCGCCACCCGCGCCCACGCCUGCACUGCCCACCCUCAAGAGGAGUCGCGGGCAAGAGGUGUUGACGCACGUCAUCGAGGGGUUUGUGAUCCAGGAGUCGUCGGAGCCCUUCCCGUCGCCGCCCCACAGCAGCGAGGACGACGAAGACGACGACGGCCACGGCCGCUGCAGGCCGCCGCGGCCCCCCGCGUCCCCGCCGGCGCGCCCCCUUACCGCGGUCGGGCUCGACAACCCGGCGCAGCGCGCGGCGUCACCGGACCGGCUGGCGGGAGAGCCUCAGCGCAAGAAGCCGCUGACGGAGGCGGAGGCAUCGCGGUGCGAACACUGUGGCAAGACCGGCCUACGGGCAAAAUUCAAGAAGAGGUUCUGCACGCCAUCCUGCGCCAAGAGCAGCAAGAGGUCGGCACUGCAGAGGGCGACGGCCGACGCGGCCGCCGCUGCAUCCGGUGCGGCGCAGGCGCAGACGCGGUCGCGGGCGGUCAGCGACGGCCCGGCGGCAGCGGCCAACGCGAACGGCGACGGGGAGGUGCGGCGGCCGCUGCACCAGCAGAUCCUGACGCCGGCCGACCAGCGCGAGUGGCUGCGCGGUGCCAAGGACUGGAACGCCACCGGGGCGAGCGCGCCGACGCGGUCCUCUUCGUCGGCGUCGACAGCGCCGCUGGGAGCCGAGAGUGCGGGUGACGAGACGGAGGACUCCGGCGCGGAGAGCUUCGGCGGCGACAGCGGCGUGCACGCGGGCCUCGCGGCACCCGGCUCUGGCGCCGCGUCCGCCGUCAUGGACGAGCAGUCGCAGGACAGCUGGGCCAGCUCGAACAACGCCGCCACCGACAACAACGGCAACCCCGCCGCCGCCAACAACAACAACGAUGACGCCGCGAACCGGCAGCCCAAGGUCAACCCGCUCAAGUGGUCGGUGACGGAGGUGUGCGAGUUCAUCAAGGGGCUGCCCGGUUGCGCAGACUACGUAGAGGACUUUGCCAUCCAGGAGAUCGACGGGCAGGCCCUGAUGCUGCUCAAGGAGGACCACCUCAUGUCGGCCAUGUCGAUGAAGCUCGGCCCCGCGCUCAAGAUCUGCGCCAAGAUCGACACGAUGCGCGGCGCCGUAGGCGAAGGCGCGCCUGCGGUCAACGGCCCGGCGGUCGGCGUCCCCGUCUCCAGCCCUACCAAGUAGCUGGCGUCCACGUCGGCGUGUCGAGAGCUCUCGCACCGGGACAGAGCGUGACGACGUAUCCGUGCGAAAGUUUGCGAGCCAGAGAGGUAGCCUAUCCCGGUUUGACAUUUGAGCGACAAGAUACCUCGGUCGCUUCCUGCCGUCGUGUGCAUUUAAUACUUUUGGGAUCGGCACUGUACAGCGGCAGAGAGUGUGACCCAGACGGACCGUUACAAGGUGGAAGGAAUACGUGUGACAUCUAAUGUCUUCAAAUCCCUGUGAAACGUGCAGCAUUUCAGUUCGGCGUUUCUAGUUAGGCCACACUGAUCCACAGUUUACGUCUCCUGUGGGGGCCGCUCUCAAAAUAGCCCCCUUCAGACUCAUUUUUGUAUCCCCUUUCUACAGUGAGGGAUCUUUCUGAGUACAGUCGUCAGCGCGACACGUGUGAAUUUGUGCUAGGAAAUUUAAGGGUUAAGAAUUCUAUACACACUCUCACCGGCACUGUGGGGGUCUAAACGGCCACAGAUUCACGCGUAAUACUCCCCGUAGGUGACUGUAGCCCUAAGUAUCUGACGGCCUCAGUCCGAAAGAGGACUUUUCACAGCUGUGGCUGUCUGUAUCUCGGACGGGGGAUAGUGGCAGCUGUGAGGUGUUGGCCAGAGCACUCGCGGCACAUUCAGAAGCGAGCAAGUGUGUCACUACAGGACGGUAACUGCCACUGUGUUCCCUUUCCUGCACUGGCUGUACGUUUGGAGAAACCCUGCCCCCUGUGGUCACAAAUUGUGACAUUUGGUGAAAUCUCCACUGGGCUACCGAGAUACCUCUAAUGUUACACUUUUCACAAAACUCGUGGCUCGCAGUGUUGAAAGUAGAACUUAUUUAUCUUGCAAGUGCUUUGUAUUUGUGUGCUACUGUGACUAGAAAUUUCAUUAAUUCCACACACGUGUACUCUAUUCUGAAUACUACUUUCAGAUUACUUGACAAUUGUGCUAGUUUUGAGCUGAUUUUGUGCAAGCCAGAUAAACAUACCUUUUACUGGAUGCCAUUAUGUGUGGUUCCAGUGACACCUGUAUUCCUGUUUUGCAGGAAAAAAGUGUACUCCAAACUACUGUAACAUAUGUUCCUUUGUGACAGACAUGUUCCCAUUCUUAUCAGUUAUUAUUGACAAUGAGGCUGAGGAAAUGGGUACAAAGGAGAAAUGGAAGCAGCGUUUUGUUUGCUGCGGAAAGGAGUGUGUUUCGUAAUCGAAACGGUUCUGUAAUUUGUGUAGAUUUUUCUCGAUCAGCAUGUUACUUAUUAAGAGAUGUGUGUUUUAUGUUUAGUGUGUAGGAAACUGUAAAGGACUUCAUCGGCUGUGACAUGAUAUGUUGACUGUUUGUAUAUUUUUUCCUUUUUUUUUUUUUUUUUUUUAAAAGCUGUAGCA